GAGAUGAGUUAUACAAAUUGUGUUUCUACUAAAUACGAAAACUUAGUAAACAAUAAAUUAACGGAUAAAACUUAAACCGAUUAUGACAAGGGACAUACAUUUGCUAAAUUAACCUUGGCAUUGUGUUAGUGUUAAGGCUUUCCCACAUUCGUUUACAUUAAAAUGUUAGUAAAUUCUCAUUUUAUGUGACAGCUUUAUUUUUUGUGGGUUGUGUACAUAGUGCGAAAAAGUUAUAUAAGGACUUGUAUUUGAUAUUGUAGAAGAUUAUGGCAACUUUUAAUUAUUCGACAAUUAUAGCAAGUAAAAUAACGCGAAACUUUUUAACGGCUAUUUUGAUUGUAUUAUAUACACAAAGAAGUAGCGCUAACCAAAAUCCAUUUCGUGAUCCAAGUAUUUGUGGAAAACCACAGUGUGAAACGCCAUUCAGAAAAUUUAAUUUUCAUGACAAUUUAUAUAAAUACGAAUAUAACGUAGACUUAAAUACAGAAUUUUCUGGUACAGGCAAUAAUGCGUCCAGCCUUUUCCUAAAAGCAACCGUCAUCAUAUAUUUUCCAAAGCCUUGUGAUGGCUUUUUACAAAUCACGGAUGUUAAACUUUUUGAUCAUGAGUGUAUAUCGAAGGAUGACGAAUUCAGUAAUAAUGCAAAUAGCAGAAACGAAAACUUCGAUGAAGAUGAUUAUUAUGGGGAAUUCACAGAUUCAAGAGGAUAUACUGAACCCAAUGAUAAUUUUAUUAAUAUGCAUCCAAAAAGUAUUGAGCUGGCAAAAGAUUUAAAACGACAUUUGUUACGUUUCUCUUUUAACGAUGGGCUUAUUUCGGAAAUAUGCCCAAACUUCCAAGAAUCCGUUUGGACUUUAAACUUGAAAAAAGGCAUCCUCUCCAUUUUUCAAAAUACAAUGCUGCGCUUUGAUGUCGAUUUCAAUACAACAGAAGUCGAUACAUCCGGAGAGUGCAAUGUGCAGUAUACAUUAAAAGAUGUGAAUAAUGUUUUUAUAAAGAUUCGAAAGACAAAAAAUAUGCAAACAUGUCAGAAGCGCUACUCAACUAAUUCUAUACUGCAGUCUACUCCAUACAGCUUUCGUGAUGACAAAGCUUUAUGGCCAAUAAUUGACUCUAUAAGUUACUGUGAUGACAAUUUGGUGUCAAUCUCAACCCCUACGUAUUUAGAUGAGGGGUUCGACAGAGUAAAGUUGAAGGGUUUAGCACGGGAAGUUGAAAUUGGGUGAUUUUAGUUUUACUUGUGAACAGCAUCAGUUCUGUUUAUUGGAGUUAACACAUAGUCCAUUGUUGUUAGCCCAUAGGUAUAACAUGCGUAGUGCUCUUUCCAUGUGAUUAAAGCUGUAUGUUUUAUUUUAAAAUAAAUCAUCGAGUAUCUUUGAAAAUUCACUAAACUCAAAACCUCGCCAAUAACUUAAAUGAAAUCCGAUCAGUUACGUACACGCAUAUAUGCUUGGUUUAUAAUUUCGUUAUUAUAUUUAAUAUAAGUAACAAUAAUAAAUAAAUUAAUAUGUAAGUUAACACAGCACUUCAGACAAUUCCCACCAUCGGUCAGCAACUCAGUACGAAACUCGAAACCCAGCAAUAGCUGACGUCGCAUCAGCAGUAUUAGCGGCUUCACAAGCGCAUCCGAUUAACUGCUGACUAUAGGGAACCUGACCCGGUACAAGCGUAGGUUUAAUUUAGACUUAAGGUAAAAAUUGUAUUCAGUCUUAAGACAGAAUUUUUGUAAUAAAGACGCGGACGCGGGUCCGCUAUCCUUUUUAAAAAUCAAAACCAAAAACUAAUGGUUUAAUUGGCGCC